GGGCCUCCCUUCCUGGGGUGAGGGACCCACUGGAACUAGCAGCCAGAGGCCAUGGAGACCUCAAAAAGCAAGGUCUGGGGCUGACUUCAGGUUGGCCCCGUCUGCAGCCUCGGUUUCCUCACCUGCCAUAUGGGAACAGAGGCCGCGAGAGGAGGCCGGGGCCGUGGGCACGCUGGGACAGGAAGACCCCAGGACCCUCCUCCCCUGCCCUCAACUACUGUGGCCAGAGGGCCAGCCCCGGUCUGGGCCCACUGCUGCUCCAGUCUACAUGACAACCAGAGCCUCGGAGGAGCUGGACGGAGGCCUGGGCAGCUGCCUGGCCAGUGAGGACCUCUCUGCUUUGGCAGAUCCCUGCCCAGGCCGGCCUCCAGGGGACAAGCCUCCAGAGACCCCCAGGCUGGGCAACUCCAGCACCUGGCCCCAGGACUCUCGGGAGGCCGUGGCAGUGGGGAAUGUGGCCACCAAACCCCAGAAGAUGGAAAAGGAGCCUGUGGUCAGGGGGAGCCCAGGAGCUGGGAAGGAAGAGCUGAAAUCUGGAGCAGCCCCUCGGAGCGUCCCCGCACGUAAGAAGGCGCAGGCCGCGCCACCGCAGCCGCCACUGCCGCUCCCCGCCCUCGGGGAGGAGCUGCCCUGGGGAGACGUGACCCUCAACAAGUGCCUGGUGCUGGCCUCCCUGGUCGCCUUGCUGGGCUCCGCCUUCCAGCUGUGCCACGAUGCCAUGAUGGGGGAGGGGGCUGCCCCCACACCUGCCCCUGAGCCCUGGGUCCCUCGGAGUUCUCCCCACAAAGAGCCGGUGACUUCCCCGGUAAGCUUUCCAGCGGCUGCGGGAGGUGGGGCCCCUGUCCCUGUCCAGGAGAAAGGGGUGGGCCGCCUCCAGACCCACGCGCCCGUCUUACAGCCUGAGCCCACCAUCCGGGAGCCCCCAUCGAGACGGCCCGCUCCCCAGGCGGGGCCACCAGCUCUCCAGGGGAAGACAGAGGACAGUCCCGAGGUCCCCAUGACCAAGGAGGCCGCAGAGAAGGCUCCAGGGGAAACUGGGGAGGCCACCAGAGAGGCUGCUGGGGAGGACGGAGGGCCCAAGGAGAGGCGGCGGAAGGAGAGGCCGCGGAGGGAAGAGAGGCCGCCGAAGGAGAAAAUCCGAAAGGAGAAGCCGCGGAAGGAGAGGCCGCGGGUCGCCAGGGAGGCCCGGGAAGCCCUGCCCCGACGUUGGGAGGCACGCGGAAGGGGCCAUCGGCCCUGGGCGAAGGACCCCAGGUACCCUGAGCACAGGAAAAGGCAGGUCUGGGUCCCCCCGCGGCACCCUGACGACGAGGAGGACGGGCGUCCAGGCCGACGGAAGCUCCGCGCGGGCAAGGGGCGGGGCUGAGCCGGGCCCGGGUCCCUAGCGCGUCCCGGGUCCCAUCUGACUCCCCUCAACGGCCCGAGGCUCCAGCAAAAUAAAGCGAGUGCUGCGGCCA